AUGCCAACAAAGUUUAAUCUCAACACUGGCGCAGAGAUACCGGCCAUUGGUUUUGGUACCUGGCAAGACGCGGGUGAACAAGAGGAUGCCGUAGCAGAGGCGAUCAAGGCGGGAUAUCGUCACAUCGACACUGCGCGUGUGUACGGCACGGAGAAAGCCGUGGGAAAAGGAGUCAGGAAGAGUGGUAUCCCGCGCCAGGAUCUCUUCAUCACGACCAAGCUCUGGAACAACAAGCAUCAUCCAGAUGAUGUAGAGCAGGCAAUGCAGCAGUCUCUCAAUGAUCUAGGGAUGACAUAUGUGGACUUGUACCUCGUGCAUUGGCCAGUAGCCUGGAAACGAGGCGAGGAGCUCUUCCCAAAGCAGAAUGGUCAGCCCGUGAUGGAGAAUAUCGACAUCAUCGAUACUUGGAAAGCCAUGGAACUGCUUCUCAAGAAUGGGAAAGCCAGAGCGAUCGGCGUCUCAAACUUUGACAAGGCCGAGAUGGAGCGUCUGAUCAAGAACAGCUCGAUUGUUCCCGCAGUGCACCAGAUGGAGUGUCACCCUUGGCUGCAACAGCUUGAGUUCACAAAGUGGCAUCGGGAUAAUGGCAUCCACAUCACACACUAUUCGCCAUUUGGAAACCAGAACACUUUCUAUGGGGAGAAAGGAGGAGCCGCGAAGCUAAUUGAUGAGCCUGUAUUGGCGCAGAUCGGUGAGCCAUACAACAAAACAGCCGCUCAGGUUGCUCUUGGAGACUUCAAGCUAGGCCCAGAAGAUAUGAAGAAGAUCGAGAAGAUCAACAAGAAGAUUCGGUUCAACGAUAGCAGUGGGGAGUUUGGGAGGGUGUUUUUCACUGGUUUGGAGGGCAAGAUUUGA